AUGGGCGGCGGCAGCAGAUCGCGCGCGAAGGAGGCCGACGGCGAGUCGGAGGUCCGGCCGGGCGGGAUGUUCGUGCAGCGCAGGGACGGCGAGGAGGGCCCCACCGUCAGGCUCAGGGUGUCCCACGGCCCCGCCCUGCGCGACGUCUUCGUGCCGGCGCAGGCCACCUUCGGUGAACUGAAGAGGAUCCUCACCCAGACUACUGGCCUGGAGCCUGAGAGACAGAGGCUCUUUUUCCGUGGUAAGGAGAAGAGGGACGAUGAAUUCCUGCACGCAUCAGGCGCCAAGGAUGGAGCAAAAUUGCUUCUGCUUGAGAAACAUGUCCCUGCCAAUGUGGAACAGAAGGUCGAGCCAGUGAUGAUGGAUGAGAGCAUGAUGAGGGCUUGUGAGGCUGUUGUUCGUGUCAGAUCUGAAGUUGACAAGCUCUCUGCUAAGGUUAAGGAACAAUACUUGCCGCACCUGGUGUGUGAGUUGGAGAAGAGUGUCCUUGCAGGGAAGAAGGUCGAGGAUAAAGAAUUUGUUGUCUUGACGGAGCUGCUUAUGGUGCAGCUGCUGAAACUCGAUGGCAUAGAGGCAGAGGGAGAAGCAAGGGCACAAAGGAAGGCCGAGGUGCGCCGAGUUCAGAAUCUUGUGGAGACCCUGGACAAGCUGAAGGCAAGGAACGCAAACCCUUUCAGUGAUAGCGCCAAAUCUGUUUCGGUGUCGACCGAGUGGGAGACGUUCGAAAACGGCAUGGGCAGCUUGACUGCUCCGCCGGCCCGAUUUUCUUCCACACAAAACGACACUGACUGGGAGCAGUUCGACUAG